GGGUGGCAGGGACAGGGGGAGAGGGGCUUUUCUCUGUGGCCACCUGGAAAGCCAUGUAAGACCCCUGGCUUGUCAAGGCAGAGCAAAGCAAUGUUUCAGAUCUUUAAUUAUUGGCUUCAUCAUUUGUAACAUAAAACCACUGAUCUGGAGGAAUCUACAGCUACUCAUGUGUGAAUUCGACGCAAACAAGAGGAGGACAUUGGAGUAAUCUGGAGAAGAAGAAAAACCAAAAUUAAGUUCCUGUAAAGUGAUUUUUACGCACUGGAGCUUCAUGGACACGCUCAGAAACUACAACCAGAACAGAAGAAAUCCACUCAAGUCCAACACUAAGGAUCAAUCCAACCAGGUUUAAUGUCAGGUGAAGGUGAAGGCGCACAAACGGAGCUUUUAUCUUUAGCCAGGUAACAAACCAAAACCAGGUUUGCUUUCUGAUCAGUGCGUAAUUUGGCCGCUUUGGAGCUAUGAGUGGAGGGCGCUUUGAGUUUGACGACGGCGGAGCUUAUUGCGGAGGCUGGGAGGGGGGUAAAGCCCACGGUCAUGGCAUCUGCACCGGACCCAAAGGCCAGGGGGAGUUUUCAGGCUCCUGGAAUUACGGCUUCGAGGUGGUGGGAGUCUACACCUGGCCUAGCGGAAACACCUAUGAAGGAUACUGGUCCCAGGGAAAGCGUCAUGGUCUGGGAAUAGAAACCAAAGGACACUGGAUUUACAAAGGGGAAUGGACUCAUGGAUUCAAAGGGAGGUACGGCAUCCGGAUCAGUGUUGGCAGUGGAGCGAAGUACGAAGGCACAUGGAAUAAUGGGCUUCAGGAUGGAUAUGGCACAGAAACAUAUGCAGAUGGAGGUACUUUCCAAGGUCAGUUCACUGGAGGGAUGCGACACGGUUAUGGGGUCCGUCAAAGCGUCCCUUAUGGCAUGGCAGCAGUGGUCCGCUCCCCUCUUCGUACCUCCCUGACCUCCCUUCGCAGCGAGCACAGCAAUGGCACCGUCCUGCAACAGGAUAUCCCAGUCAUCACCACCACCAACGCCUCAGGUGAAGAGACCCCCGUCACCACCCCUACCCAGCUGGGGCCAUCUCGUGGAGGCUUUGCUCUCACCCUCCAGGUGGACCCAGAGGCUGUGAAACCCAAGAAGAAGGGCCUGUUUCGCAGGAGCUCCCUGUUGGGUAAACUGAAGAAGUCAGAAUCAAACACUUCUCUUUCCAGUCAGAAGAGUAAGAUCAGCUUCCUGAGGACAGAAUCGGCCCUCAGUUCCAACGCCAGCGACACCAACUCCACCAUCAGCCUCGGAGAUGAGAGCCUGGCCGGAGCCGAGGACUUCCCCCCCGUGGAGGCUGACAUCGACGCCACCACCACAGAGGUUUACAUGGGAGAGUGGAAGAACGACAAGCGCUCAGGAUAUGGAAUAAGUGAAAGGUCCAGUGGGCUGAAGUAUGAGGGCGAGUGGCUGAAUAACCAGAGACACGGGUAUGGCUGCACCACCUUUGCUGAGGGAGGGAAGGAGGAGGGUAAGUACAUGAACAACAUGCUGGUGAAGGCCGUGAAGAAGAGGAUGAUCCAGCUGAAAGGAACCAAGAUCAAGCAGAAGGUGGAGCGGGCAGUGGAGGGAGCCCAGAGAGGUGCAGCCAUUGCCAAGCAGAAGGCAGAGAUCGCUGCUUCCAGAACAUCCCAUUCAAAGGCCAAGGCAGACGGAGCUGAACAGGCCGCUCAAGCCUCCAACAGUGAGUCCAGCAUUGCCCGACUGGUGGCCAAAGAGCUUUCCCCUUCGUUCUACCAGCCAGGGCCUGAGUAUCUGAAGAAGAGACUGCUCCAUGAGGCAGUGGAGGGCAGUGAGAACACAGACACUGUCAUGCAUGAGCCGCUGUUAGCCGAGGAGGAGCCCCUGCCCACACCCCCUGACAGCCCACUCAUGAAUGAACUGGACAGUCUCAUGCCAGGUUCAUCCCCAGGCCGCACCCCCUCUCCAAGCCCAGGCAUCACCAUCAAGGAAGACACUAAACUCCUGAGUCCAGGCAGCUGGAAUGAAGACAAAACCAGCAAAGGUGGAGGUGGGAAAAGUACAAGUAAACCCAACAGCAGGCCUACCAGUCGGCCCACAACCCCUGCAUCUUCUGCUUCUGCCCCAGCCCCGGCUGCACCUGAAGGUGGAGAUGCCCCCAGCAGCCGUGGGCCUUCCCGCACCCCGAGCCGUCAGAGCCAGAAGAACGAACAGGGCUCUGAUUUAGAGAUCAAGGCACUGCAGAAGUUUGAUGCUGAGGCUAAAGCUCCAGAUGACAGUCCAGCUCCUGCUCCAGCUCCACCUUCAGCUCCAUCUCCAUCUCCAGCUCCAGCUGCGGCUCCAGCUCCGGCUCCAGCUCCAGCCCCAGCUCUUUCCUCUUUAAGGAAUAGCCUCAUCUCUGAAGAUGAAGAAGAACCACUGCGUCCCACCCGUAAAGUGCCUGCCAAAGCUGUCACCCCUGAGCCAAAAGUCACUGAACUCAAACCUGAACGACCUCCAUCAGUCCAGGAAAGAGCGCCAUCUGUGUCUGAAAGCAAAGCAGAAUCCAGGGAGCCGAGCAGACCCUCCAGCAAAGCAGAGAUAAAGCCAAUGUCAAGAAGACAACCUAGUCCAGCUCCGUCUCCAAGGCCUCCACCCACACCUGAACCAAAGAUAGUCCCCAAACCAGUGGAACCGAAAGCCGUUGUUCUCAAAUCAGCCUUGAAGGCUGAGCCCAAAAAUGAAGCCAGACAGAAGGCCUUAGUGACAACCCAAAGUAAGGAGCUGCCUGCUGAGUCUUUGGAGCUAGAGGGCCCAAACACCAUAAUGAUCUGCAUGGUCAUCCUGCUCAACAUCGGCUUGGCUAUCCUCUUCGUACACAUUUUGUCAUGAGACUCAGCCACCACCUCAGGUUACCAGCAGUGUUGGAGAGAGAUGGCCUGCAUCCUCAGAAAGGACCAGAGAUCAGAGAAACCGCUGUAGGAAACAGAAGCCUCAUGCAGACAGCAGCAGUUCCUUUGAAGGUUUUUGUUGGUGUGACUGUGUGAGGCUCUGAGAUGGACCUCUCUCUCCAGAGGUUAGAGAAACAGAAGGACAGUGAAUGACAGAGAUGAUUCAGUACAUCUGAAUUUGUUGAUGUUUGUACGUUAAAGUCGGUGCUGGAUGUUACAGAGUAUGUCUACAUUUGGUGGCUCGGUAUGCACUCAAAAAGUCUCCGUUCAACAACAUUUUGCCAAAGACUUUUAUUAAAUCCUUAAUUGGCUCAUGCAACACCGAAUCAGACAGAUCAAACUCUACUGAUACUUAAGAAUUUUCAUGUUGAUAACUUAUAAAGACUGAAUAUUUUCUCCAUGAUGCCUUGAACUUGAUUGUUUAGACACUACUGCAGCAGAUGUGUGAAGGAUUUGGGAGUGUUACGUCAUUGUUUUAAUUUUCUGCAUCAACCUACAUAUAUUUUUAAAAAAAAAAUUAAGUAUUCAUUAGGUAGCAGUCUUCAUUAAAUGUUUAAGUUUAUGUAAGUCAUGUUAAAAAGCUCUCUGGGAUAUACUGCUAAGAAUUAACUGACAAUGAAAAUCUAAGCAAUGCAAAA